GGCCUAACCUAUGACUCAAACAGGAAAAAUCUAGCCAUACGUAAAGAUGCCUGAGACACCGGAGGAUUUUAUGUUACCAAAAGCACCCAAGGAUUUAUCCUUCAAAGAAAAUGAUUUCAAUGCGAACAAUUUUAACGUUGAUGCAUUUCUACAAGAGCAUCGGAAGAAGGCAAGUUUGGAGACAAUGCGCGAUGACUUAGGCGUGUAUUUAAAAGUUUUACGAUCCGCGAUGAUCGAACUCAUCAACAAGGAUUACGCCGACUUUGUUAACUUGUCCAGCAACUUGAUCGGUCUAGACAAAGCUAUAAACAAUCUACAAGUUCCCUUGGGUCAAUUGAGAGAGGAAGUAAUGCAAGUGCGGCAAACUUUAGACGACAUGAUAAAUGAGGUGACGAGCACAUUGAAUGAACGCUGCAACAUUAGAGAACGAAAGCAAAGCUUACAAAGUUUAGCACACGUGCACGACUCUAUCACCAAAUUAUCUAAUAUUCUUGUGAAGAAAAGUACGGCCAAUUCAAAAGAUAAGGAGCAGAUCAAGCUAGAUUCCGAUCUCUUGGAACGAGCUGCUACAGAAUUCAAUCAACUUAAAUUUCACAUUUCCAGAUGUAAAACAGAUCUUACAGAGGCACGAAUCAAGACGUGCAACGAAAUAGGGCAGAGUUUGAUGAGUAAUUUAGAUGAGAUGUUUAUAUCCAGCAUAAAGAAAAAACAGCCUGAACUAUUGAUACGUUGUCUAAGAAUAUACGUUACUCUUGACAAAGUUUCGGAUACGGAAGACCUCUUGCGUAGAAAGUUGAUAGCUCCUCUGGUUGGAAAUAUAAUUAAUGAAAUAACCCUGCAAAGUGAACCGCAAGGAUUACGGGGCAUUUACCAAAGAUUACUAUCUAUAUUCGACGAAGACUUAGCCCAGCUUCUUGCAAUCACUUUAUACCCAGAUAGAAUGUCUGUAAAAGGAUUUAACUUCAUAGUGAACAGUUUUUGGCCCGAAGUUGAAGAGAGGAUUGAGUUGCAUCUAAGUUUAAUAUUUGCUCCGGGCAAUCCUGAGUUGUUUCAUAGGAGAUAUUUGGAAACAGUAGAAUUUCUAACAAAACUCGAAGAAGCUUGCUGCACUCCUGAGACAUUGUCAGAAUUAAAAGGCCAUUCCCUGUAUCAUAGGUUUUUGGGAAAAUGGAAUUUGCCAGUAUAUUUUCAAAUCAGAUUUCAAGAAUUAGCUGGUAAUGUUGAGGCUGUACUAUAUGAGGAUAUUUCUCCCUCAAUGCUCAAAGAAAAUGUAUCUGCGAUUACAUCAAAUGAAUUCACUCUGCAUCCAACUAAUGUUGUCUGGGAAUCCCUUAUGAAAACGUGGGCAGAUGGUAUAUAUCUCCCAAAACUAUUACAGCGUUUUUGGAAAUUGAGCCUUCAAAUUAUUUCACGGUAUCAAACAUGGUGUAAAGUAGCAGUGACACAAAGUUGGCCGGAUGCUGCAAAGUCUACUGCCAGUAACAUUAUUGAAACAGCACAUCCGCCUAGACUACAGUUUCUGGUUUUUUUAUACACUGACGUAGAAAAACUGAUGAAAAAUAUUCCUUCGUUGUUAGAGGUAGUGUGCAGUAAAAUUUCAAGUGCGAACUCUCCUCUUAAAACGUUACUUGAAGAUUGCUCAGCAGAAUCUGAGAAAAAUUUACAAUCUACGCUACCACUUAUCACCGAUGAAAUAGUGAAAGAACUGAUGUCUCAAAGUGCGAUUCAUUUGAAACAAGUUAACGAUAUUCCCAGAUUAUUUCGUCGCACAAAUAGAGAAGUGCCGACUAAACCUUGCACAUAUGUGAGCCAUGUGAUUGAACCCCUAGCCAAUUUUUACAUGGAGUAUAAUUCAGCUAUACCAAGUCUUGUUACGAAAUUACUGGAGUCCACCGUUUCUUUGGUGUCAGAACAGUACCUCCUGUCAGUUACUGAUGUUUUAACAUCUGUACAAAAAACCGAAGAGAGUCUGCGAAGGUUGAAGAAAAUCAGAGACAAAUCAACAGGAAUGUCAUCGUCAGAGGGCAAAGGCAUUGGUGAUGAUGAAAAAAUCCGGAUUCAAUUAGAAAUUGAUGUACAGAGUUUUUAUCAAAUGAUAGGGAAUCUAGGAAUAAUUGGAACCAAUGUUUCCAAUCUGAAGCAAUUAUUGCAAGUGGUUCAAGAGGCUUUAAAAAGUAGAAAUGAGGCAAGAUAAGGUACACCUGACUGAUCAUGGUGGAAUGCCAACUUGUUGC